UUCCCGCUUAAUUUAUAUUGAUUUAUAUAGAUAAAUCUUUAGCAUUUGUGAGUUAGAUCCAGGUUUUUGGUUAGAUCAAAGAUCAACAUACCUAUUUGGAAUCUUACGUCAAUCAAAUAAUUUGGUUCUAGUUAUUUUUUUAUUGACGUCGUUAUUAUUUUUACAAAACUACCAUAAAGUGAUUAGAUCCUCUUUGAUCUUAGAUAUAAUUUUUAUUCCUGACAUUGGGAAAAUCGUUGUGGAAUUCGAUUUAUAGAAAUUGGAAUUGGAUUGGUUCUAAUUCUUUGAUGUUGUAAUAAUUAUAAAAUCAUAUUUAUUAAUGUCAACAUGAGUGAAGAUGGUCCAAGUACCCCAAGGAGAGCGUCACGCGUGAGGAGUAAGCCUAGGAAAUACGGCGAUUUCUUUGACCUAUCCUUGACAAAACGGAAGCACGAAGAAGAGGUGGAAAGCUCUGAGGAUGACGAUAAUGAAGUGCAAUGUCUGCAGAAACCUACAGCAUUGUUCAGCAAUGAUGAUGUUGAAGGCCAAGACAUUUUCAAGUUUAAAUCUCGUCAUACAAAGCUUGAUCUUCAAAAUAAAGUUAAAGCCACCAUCAGCAGUUCACCAAAAGUCAUAGAAUCUCCAAUGAAAACUCCGCGAAAAAGUAUUUUAAAGGGAAUUAAUAGUCCCUUUAUGAAAUUAACUGAGGUUACUACUCCUAAACAUUUUAAGGAUGUUAUGAAGAAACGCAUACUAAAGGAGAUCGAGAGUGACAGUGAAGAGACUGACUUCUCUGGGGAUAGCAGUGACUUUGUACCUGAAGAAAGUGAAGAGUCGGGGUCUUCACCAGAAUCUGAAGAAGAUGACCGUGAAGAAGAACAAAAGGAAGAAAAAAUAAAGAAACCAAGCAAAGUACAAAUUGUUAAGAAUAAAGACACGAAAAUGAAGCACAGAGACCCUGAUUACAUAAUCACACCUGAUAAUUAUUUUAUGAUGCACUCUAGUAAAAAGAUAACAACUUCUGAUCAUACCCUAGCAAGAUUAAAGAACAUAAACAUCACUAAUCGCCUACUAGACACAGACUCCUACAUAAGUCAAGAACAUAAAAAGAAUAUAUCUGAUCUUAGUAAUUCAUAUGAACACCUAUUCAACAAAUGGCUUUAUGUUUUGAGUGAAAAUUAUAAUAUCAUACUUUACGGCAUUGGUUCCAAACGCCCACUAUUGCACCAGUUUCAAAUGCUUAAGUUGCAAGACUUUCCCUGUAUUGUUGUUAAUGGAUUUUUCCCAAGUCUUACAGUGAAGAGCGUGUUAGAAACCAUUGUAAUAGAUUUAUUAGGAAACAGUACUGUACCCUCAAACAUUAGUGAUGUUGUCAGCCUAAUAGAAAACCAGUUGAAAGAAAAAGGAAUGGAAUUAUUCCUUAUAAUACAUAAUAUAGACGGUACUAUGCUUCGUAACGCCAAAACACAGUCUACGUUAGCCAGUAUCGCACAGAUAAAGAAUAUUCGUACUAUAGCUACUAUUGAUCAUAUCAAUGCGCCUUUGUUAUGGGACCAUUCCAAACUAAGCAAGUUUAAUUUCACAUGGUGGGAUGUGACUACUUUCCAGCCAUAUACUGAAGAAACGGCCUUCGAGAAUUCGCUGAUGACUCAACGAAGUGGCGCCCUUCAGCUUUCGUCGUUGCGUAGCGUUUUUGCCUCUCUGACUACGAAUGCUAAAGGAAUAUACAAUAUUAUCAUACAACAUCAGUUAGAGAACCACAAGCAAUCACAUUAUCAAGAAAGUAAUGUUGUGAUCAACGAUUACGAGAUUUUUAAAUAUUUAAAAUCAUACCUAAUGGAAAUACUUAUUUUCAAUUAUUGCACUUGUAGUGUAAGUAAGCGAGAUUCAAGCAAACGGCUUUCGAAUUAUCCAUUUGAAAAGUUUUUAAAGGACGUAACAGUUUUUAUUCAUGUAUUUUUAUUGCCAUAGUAAGUAAACUAGACUAAUCUAAUAACCAUCUCAAGAAUACUAAUACAAUCGUCUGCGACACAACCACGCCAAUAACCUGGUCUCAAACUGGAGAAUUCCCUGUACUAUGAGUACUAGAGUAAAUAUUCACUUGGGGGCACGAGCCAAAACGCCCAGAUCAGAGCUAAUUUAGUAAAGUUCAUUUCGACAAUUAGUCCAACCAAAAAUCGAACCGCCGACCUUCAGUUGAGAGGAAACCCUUCUCCCAUCGCUGUACUAAAUAAAUAAUUGUAAUUUUAAAGUUUCAGACAAGUCUUUCAUUUCCAUUAAAAUCCUUACACAUUCGGUUCCGCACGUCUGCACGACGGGCAACCUUGUUUUCACCUCUAUGAACGCCUGCUUAGAUUUAUUUUUCUUUGUAGUGAGCGCCUGGCGUCAUUAGUAAGAUUUAGUACGCUAUUAUUGUGUAGGUAUAAUAUUCGAUUUUGUGAUGUCGUAUCUCUUACGUAGUAACUAUAAAGUAAUCUGUGCUUAUAUUGACUGACGUCAAUAAUCGUCUAAAACUUUUGCAUGUUUCGGCAUCAAGUUUUGGAAAGUAUGUAAAAAACCCGCUUUUUCGUGCAGAUUUACAUAUUGAUUUAUUUCAUAUUUGAUUCACCAAUGAACAUCUUCACUUUGUAUCUUAAAUAGUAGGAACAUAGGUACUGAUUUUUUGCUUACAAAUAACUUCUACAUACUUCAGGCACCUGGCAUAUUAUGCUGAGUUAGCGUUCUUUCUCUGCUGUGACAAAAAUUUUUUUUUUAAUUUUUCCUUUCAUAUUUAAUCUAGUUUUGUGGCAUAGAGUGAAUAGUGUCUAUUUAUUUACGCAUAUUACUAUAAC